CAUGAUGGCUGAAGACCCUGGCGGAACAAUUUUCAAUUUCUCUCUUAUUUUUCUUUCUUUCUCUUUACACCAGCUUGCCAUAGAGACAUGGCAGUACUCACAGCCCCGUUAGGCGCCCACAAAUCACUGGUAUCGACAUGCCCAAGAAAGGGAACCGAAAACGGCUGAAAUUCAAGGCCGGGGAUGUUUGUUCGGAAUCAGUCACUGUUGCUGAUUAUGCGGAUGCGGACCCAGCCGUGGUGAAGUCGGGGAGGAUGAAAAAGGCUGUGGCAAAUGCGAUAGAAAAAGAAGUUAAAUUACUCUGCGGACUGGAAGCCUCUCAGGGCGCCGUGGAGGAAGUCCUGUCGUCCGCAUCAAGUGUCACUUUGGACGCUUUGGCCAGCGGAGAUGACGCUGAUCCUGAAGAAGAUGGAGAAAGCGGAAGUAAAGUGACUCGCAAAAAGAAAAACAAAAGGCGAAAGGAAAACAGUGAGAGCAGUGAUGGAGGAGAAUAUCCAAUGGACAUUUGGUUAGUGCUUUCCUCCUACAUUCGACCAGAGGAUGUGUGCAGAUUUUCUCUGAUAUGUCGGAAUGCGUGGACCGUCACUUGCACUGCAGCAUUUUGGACCAGGCUCUACAGAAGACACUACAGGAUGGACGUUGAUCUGCCCUUUCGUCUUCAGCCUGACUCUAUGAGUCGGAUGCAUUGUCUUCGAGCCUGUGUGAUCCGUUCGCUCUUCCAUUUGUAUGAGCCAUUCACUUUGCGUCUGUCACAAACUCCUGCACUGCCAGAAUCAACGCCCACUACUUUACUCAACUCCAAGUGUGUACUCUUCUGCCACAAAAAGGUAUCGGGGACUCGGCCAGAAACAUUGUGGGAGUUCAACUUCAAAUUUCGGAAGGAGCAUGGACACAGUAGGAAUGGGUGUGCCAAGUCCCUGCACAUGCCAAAACAAUAUGAAGACGUUCACAAUAAUCCGGACUCUGACUGCUACGUGCUUCAGAUCAACACCCUCAACUUCAUCUACACACCUGUUGUAAUGGGCAUGACACUAACCCUGUUCACAAUCAAUGUAAGCACAGACAUGCGCCACCACCGCGUCCGUCUCGUAUUCCAGGACUCGCCACUCCACCGGGGGAAGAAAAAAGGGGAUCAAGGCGGGACCCAGGUGGUGUUGGACCCGGUACACAGCGUGAGGCUCAUGGACUGGUGGCACCCGCAGUACCCCUCCCUGCUCUGCUGAAGAGAGGAGCAGCAGAACGUCACGCUGGCAACCCUGCUGUUGACUCGUCACUCUCAGAAUAAUAGACUGAUACUGAAGAAUCCCGGGUUAGGUUUUAUUGCGCAUUCACUUUGAUUGUUGCUAUGUUUGCAAAUAGCCACCACUGAUUGGUCCAUAAUGAGAUUUUCUGCUUUGAUAUACAGAAAGGAGGGGAAAAAUGUACGUCUUUCGCGUGACCAGAUGAGGUUCACCAGUAUUCUGCACAGGCAGCGUUACUGCAUGGUAAACAAACAAACAUGUCUGAUACAGAUCUGCACUGUUCUUCCCGUGGUUUGUUUUAUUCUCACAUCAACAUUUAUUGUCAAAUAUCCUGAGUUGAUUUGAAUUUUGGCAAUGUUGAGUCAACACAGUCGUAAUAUUUUUUUUGGGGAAAAACUUGUUUUUAAUUUUCGAGGCAGCCUCAUUUCGUAUGUGACAUUAAGUCUGAGCUGCACUGAAGGGUCCAAAGAGUUUAUUUACCUCAAUAAUCUGCAAAUCUGGGAAGUGUUUCUUUGUCUUAUGCCUUUACUGGCUGAAAAAACAAAAACACAAAACAUGACUGUCUUGUUGCUGAUUAUUUGAGCCACAUCAUCACUGCCACUUGCAGCUUUAAGUGUUUUACAGUGGCUCAUCUGUUUUGAAUGUAUGUAGAACUUGACCGAUCACCUGCCGGAGGAUAAGGACAGAACAUGAACAUUGGGUUAUUCAGUCACUAGACCUAGUUGAAAUCAUUUAAACUGGACUCUACACAUUUUAAUUUAAAUAUCAAGGGAAAUGUAAUUCAGUUACCUACAUUCUGCUUGUGGUAGUAAUGUUCUAGUGGAUCAUUAGCAGCAACUGAUUGCAAAGGUGGUUUAGUUUGAGCGUAAUGAGUUCUGAUAAAUUUAGAGCGUUGAAAUAAAAAGUGAAACUUCCCCACUGGAAGGUCUUGUGUCUUCUCUGAAAUGU